AUGAGCCGGCCGCAAUCCAGCCGCAAGAGGUCCGCCUCUGCCGUGUCCAUCAGCGACAGCCAUGACACCUACUACUCUCACCUACCUAGCGACUCAAUCAACCCGCUCAGCCAUACUCCAUAUAUUCUCAGUCAACUCCGCCUCGCUGGUCUAGCGGAGACAGACCAGCCACCAUCACGAGACCAGCCCAAAUUCCCGCAUCGUGCCUGGCAGGAUCCAGAUGCACCAUCCAAACAGGGCGCUGCUGCCGCUGCCGUGGCGGAACAGCUAGAGAGUGACAGCGAUAACGAUGAGGAGGUAGAGCAUGAUGUUGGAAGUAGGCGCCGGCCACGGAAGAAAGACGAGAAAAGGGCCAAGUAUUCAUCGGAGAAAUCGCACUUCAGGCCUCUUGUCAGGGCCAUCUACUCGUUCCUGGAUAAAGGGGACGUCGUCAAUGCCAAGCGCGCUUUUGGCAUCCUCGUGAGGUCCAGCGUGCACGGUAGACCGGUCGACAUCAGACGCAACAAUUACUGGGCUCUUGGCGCCGAGAUACUCAUGCGUGAAGGCGGCGUAGCCGCUACGGACGAGGGAAAGGAAGCGGAGGCUUAUCCUGCCGGAAACAUCCCACGGGUACGCGAGUACUUUCAGGACCUUAUCCAACAAUAUCCGUACAACUUCAAGUGGCGUAGAGCCGUUUCUGCCAUCGACUUCUGGCCCGCGCUGCUGAGUUACGAGGUUUAUCAGGUGCACACGCAGCAUGGGGCCUCGUUACGCAGGCUGGAGAAGGAAGCGGAGGACUGGGAGGAUGACUCGUGGCAGGAAAACUCUCUGGGUGACAGUCAAGAUGAAAUGAUGAUGGACGAUCCCGAGUACAAGGACGGGAUCUCGCGCUGGCAGGCAGAUUCGCGGGGCCGGCGGCUACGUCAGGCAAGAGACCAGAUUAGGCUGCGCACGCUGGACGGCCUCAGAGAGAUCGCUAGUCGUAUGGACGACUUGCUCGAGGACCGGCCAUAUUCUACAAACCCUGAAAUUCUGAGGUUGAGAGGGAUGGUGUCUCUGUAUAUAGGAGACCUUCUUAUCCCGGCGCGUGCUGAGGACGAGGGGCCCAUGUCUGAAGCAAAAGCACGGCGCGAGGCAGAGAGGAAUAACGCACGAAGCACCUUUCAAAAAAUGGUCGAGCAUGGCGGCCGGGCUGAUGCCUUCGUUCAGCAAAUGCUGGCGCCGGAAGAGGAAGACGACGGCCCUAUACUGCCCAUAUUUUCGUCACUUCCCAUCAGAGAGCAUCGAGCAGAUAGCUAA